AUGGAAGAUGAAACGGUAGACGUACCCCGUUACUUCAUGUGUCCAAUUUCACUUCAGAUCAUGCAAGACCCUGUUACGGCUGUCACUGGAAUAACCUACGACCGGGACAGCAUAGAGCACUGGCUAUCCACGGCGGAGGAAGUACUGUGUCCCGUCACCAAACAGCCAUUGCCAAGAGAUUCAGAUUUGACCCCCAACCACACGCUUCGGCGUCUCAUCCAAGCAUGGUGUGUCACGUAUGCUAAUUAUGGUAUCGAUCGGAUUCCCACCCCAAAACCUCUUCUUAACAAAUCUCAUGUUAUGAAACUCCUCCGCAACCUGAAGUCACCGGAGCUUCAUGCAAUCUCGCUGGACACCUUGCAUUUACUCGCAAAAGAGAGUGACAAGAACCGACGGUGCUUGAUUGACGCAGGCACGAAUGGUGCAAUGAUUUCCUUGAUAACAAAGUUUUAUAAGGAAAGUCUGAUUAUUACUGUAGGACUCGGCCAGACACUCAAAAUUCUUCAUCUUUCUUGGCUAACUGUCCCUGAGAAAAAGCAUAUCGCCAAAGAAGAUCAUGAUUUAAUUGAUUCUUUACUAUGGGUUUUAGGUUUUGACAACAUGAUAGGAGAUGAUCUGAUCGUUGAUGUCCAAACACAUGCAAUUUUGCUGCUCGAAAUGGUCAUGGAAGUAGCGAGUACAAGUGUUUUAGAGAGAUUAAGGUUCAAUUUCUUUAAACAAACAGUAAACGUCAUAAGGAAAAGAACCUCACCACAAGCAAUGAAAGCAGUCUUAAGAAUGUUAAUCGACGUGUGCCCUUGGGGAAGAAACAGAAUGAAAACCGUGGAAGCUGGUGCAGUCUUCGAGCUGGUGGAACUAGAGAUAAACGGGGUUGAAAAGAAUGUGUCGGAGUUACUUUUUUGUCUCAUGGCUCACUUGUGCUCAUGUGCUGAUGGGAGAGCUCAGUUAUUAAAGCAUGCCGGUGGUAUUGCAAUGGUAGCUAAGAGAAUGUUUAAGGUUUCACCAGGGACUGACGAUCGGGCUGUACAAAUACUUUCCUUAAUUGGAAAGUUCUCAGCAACUGAUGAAGUUGUGGCGGAGAUGAUGAGAGUUGGGGCUGUGUUGAAGCUGUGCAUGGUGCUUCAAGUCGACUAUGCGCCUUACGUAAAGAAGAAAGCAAGAGAAAUAUUAAAGUUGCAUUCUAAUGUAUGGAACAAUUCUCCUUGUAUGCCACUUAUCUUCUAA